GUGAAUUUGGCUCGAGAACACAGACUUGUGACGAGUGGGCCAUACUCUAUCGUUCGCCACCCAAGCUAUGCUGGUUUCCUUCCCCAAUAUAUUGGGCUCCUUGCCAUGUAUGGAGAGCAAGGAUCGUGGUUGAGGCAGUCUGGGAUUUUACAAGUGCCUUUAGUAAAUGUGUUAGUAGUAAUCCUCCUCUUCGGACUUACAUUAUGUGCUUGGAUGUGCAUCACUCGACCUCUAGUGGAGGACAAGAUGCUUCAGCGUGCACUGAGAAAAGACUGGGAGAAUUGGGCGAAGAGGGUGAGGUACCGUUUGCUCCCUGGGGUUUGUUGA